AUGUUGAAUGUGUGGUUUAGUGCCGACGUGGAGGAGCUGAGUCAGUGGCAGGCUGAGUUCAGAGGGCAAAUCCGAGCGCUGAGACAAUGGCUGAAGAACAUGGAGAUGAGGCUUCCUGCUUCAGAGCCCAGGGUCCUCCUCCACUCGCUCAGUUUGGAGGACCCGUUAGAGCACACGUGGACCGAGGGGCUCCUUUGUGCCCGGUGGGGAGCAGCUCCAUCACAGAAGUGGUUGCUGCUGGAGAGGCCCACUGCACAGAUGAGCGAACACAGUGAAAAGACAUUAGAAUCAGAAGAGAGAAAGAGGAAAAAGGGCAGAGACAAGAAAACUGAGAUUUGUUUGUAA